AUGUUAGGAAUUUUUAUCCUAUUUUUUAUUGGUACUUUUAUUCCAAUAUGUGCAAAUAGAAAGAAUAAUGCAAAAAAUGAAAUUUUAACAGAAAAUAAACACGAACCAAUUCCAGUAUUUCAAAUACAUCAAACACCCGUUGUUCAUACUUCUAAAGAAAAAAUUGAUGGACUUCAAGGUAAUUUAAAAAAUAAUAUAAAAAGCAAUCGUCAAAAUAAUUUACCAUUGAAAACACAAUCAAAAAAUAAAAAAAAUGUAUGUAAAGAUGAACAAAAAAAAGUUGAAAAUAAGGUAAUUAAUAAAAUUACCAAAGAUUGUACUGCUUUAAAGGAAUCAAAAAUUGUCAAAGAGGAUAAUAUUCAUGUAACUGCUAAGCAAAUUGGAAAUAUUGAAGUUUCUAAAAAUAAUAAGAAAACUGCAAAAGAAAAAACAAACAAUUCUGAAAAAAAAAUAAUUAAUGAUAAGAGUACAUUGAACGAUAAUAAAAAGAAAGAAACUGAAAUUUCAUCUCAACAAAUAAAAGAAUCGUCUAAAAAAACAGUGAAAGAAGCAACACUAAAAGCAACACAUGAAGAAAAUGAUGUAGACAAACAAGUUGAAAAUGAAAUAGAUAAAGAAUAUCAAGAAAACGUAAAUAAAGUGAAAAUACCUUUUGAUUCAGAGAUCGUUGCUAAAGAUAAAGAUGAUAUAAUAGUUGUUGGUCAAUUAAAAGUUCAUAAAGGCCUUGAAGUUUGGGCGUGUGAUUCUAUUUCUAAAUAA